AUGCUGGAAGUUCACAUCCCGUCUGUGGGACCUGAGGCCGAGGAUCCCAGGCAAAGCCCAGAGAAAGGCCACAUGGUGUUCCGAGUGGAAGUAUUGUGCCGCGGGCGCAGGCACAUCGUGCAGAGGCGCUACAGCGAGUUCCACGCGCUGCACAAGAGGAUCAAGAAACUGUACAAAGUGCCCGACUUCCCCUCAAAACGCCUGCCCAACUGGAGGACCAGAGGACUGGAGCAGCGGCGGCAGGGCUUGGAGGCCUAUAUCCAGGGUGUCCUGUACCUGAACCAGGAUGUGCCCAAGGAAUUACUGGAAUUCCUGAGCCUUCGGCACUUCUCCACAGACCCUAAGGCCAGCAACUGGGGCGCCUUGGGGGAGUUCCUGCCCAAGAACAGCAGCUCCCAGCUCCACCACCGGCCUGUCAUCAGCUUCUGCAUGGAUCCCUACGUUUGCAUUCCAUCCCCAGAGCCUCUGUCCAACAUGGUGGUGAAUGGCGUGCUCCAGGGCCUCUAUGGCUUCAGCACCAGCUCAGCUAAAGCCCAGUCCGAGGCUCCCUGUCACCCUGCUCCUUUGCCACCGAUGCCCUGACCAGCCCAGAGGUCUGUGGGCCACCUGCCAGGACAGGCAUAUGCCUCAGUGUAUGAGCCCCCUUCUCAGAGGCUGGGUCCCCC